AACUGUAACAGCAGCUUAACAUUUUUGCUCACUGUUACGUAGCAUAACAUGUUUGCUCACAGACACAGCGCGUGCAAGCAUUGCAGCAACAUAGUGCGCAAGCGAGAGAUCCGAUGUUCGACUCAAACCACUGACGUAGCAAUGAGCACAACCAGCAGCAAUAACAACAGAUGCCCGAUAACAUUAUAAUCGAAUUUGUUAAAGCGUGUGGGUGGCUGUGUUUUUGUUGUGGUCGCUAAAUGCCGUGAAAAAAACGCAAAUUAAUUGCUGAAAAUAUUUAAAGAAUGUGCUAGCUACUUAGUACUUCUAUAAACAUAUGUGAUGAAAUGUUUUAGUUGGUAUUUUCAUUAUUAAAAGUGCGUUUUAACGUUUUGCUCUGCGCGUGUUCUUUGUUUUGGUAUUCGUUGUGGUUUCGGUUGUUUACGAAUCAGAGUGUGGGUGCAUAAAUGACGAGAAACUAGCGCAAAUUAAUAAAUUCUGAAUGAAAAUGCCAAUGAAAAGUCAGCAAACUGCACAAAUCAUGAAUAAUACUAACAACAACAAAGUGUUGCUAACGCUGACUGCGCUGCUGCUGUCGCUGCUGUGUAAAAGCAGCGGCGUCGCUGGACAUUUAAACGUCUUUCUAAAUAACGAGGAGGUGAUGACUUUGCUGGGUGUUUCCGCUGAGGUUUAUUAUGUGCGCGAGGGACACAUCAAUAACUACGCCCUGAACUUUAUAGUGCCGGUGCCGGCGAAUGUGCACGAGGUGAGCUUCACCUGGGAGUCCUUGGCCGGUCGUCCCUUGCCGUACAGCAUCAAUGUGGUGAGCUCCGAUCCGGAGGUGCUGCCACGCCCGUCGCUGAAUGUGACGUACAUAGGCGAGAUACCCACACAUAUACAGACCUGGGCGGUGGCGCUGCAGUGCAGCGGCGUGCGCGCCGCCGAGGUGGAUAUAACGAUAAGUCUGGAUGUGGUGCUGAAUCGUUUGGUGAACAAUGUCACCCACUUGGUGUUUCGCCGCAAGAAGAUUUGUCUGCUAAACGACAGCGAGGGCGAGCAGGAUGGUCAGCAAUCAUAUGGAGCGGAUGGCAUGGAUGAGCCCAAGCCGCUGGAGACGGUGCUGCCGCCGCCCACGGGACUCAUUACACUUGUUGUGGGCGUAACUGUGGCCAUGAGCGCCGUUUGCCUGCUGCUGAUUAUUGCGUAUUGUGUGCGUGGCGCCGCCGCCAAGCGGCAGCAUCAUCAUCAGCAUGGCGGCCAGCCCAUGCGCACGUCCAGCUUCCAGCGCCUGAAUACGCAGCCGCCCUGCCAGAGUUCGUUGAAUGGCUCGGCGGCUUAUAUGACGCCGUCGCUGUUGCAUGCCUCAUCACUGCCACGCAAGCUGCCUGUGUCUGUGGAGCAGCAGCAGCAGCCCGAGGAGCUGCAUCGUCGCAUCUCGGAGCUGACAGUGGAGCGCUGUCGCGUCCGUCUGUCCAGUCUACUGCAGGAGGGCACAUUUGGACGCGUCUAUCGCGGCACCUACAACGACAAUCAGGAUGUCAUAGUCAAGACAGUGGCGCAGCAUGCCAGCCAGAUGCAGGUGCUGCUGCUGCUCCAGGAGGGUAUGCUGCUCUAUGGCGCCUCCCAUCCUGGCAUACUCUCUGUGCUGGGCGUCUCCAUUGAGGAUCACACCACACCGUUUGUCCUCUAUCCCGCUCUCAAUAAUAUGCGCAAUCUCAAGCUCUUUCUGCUGGAUCCCGCCUGUGCCCGCACCAUAACCACCAUACAGAUUGUGCUCAUGGCCUCCCAGCUGUCCAUGGCGCUGGAUCAUCUGCAUAGUCAUGGCGUGGUGCAUAAGGAUAUUGCCACAAGGAACUGCGUCAUUGACGAUCAGCUGCGCGUUAAGCUCUCCGACAGUUCGCUCUCGCGCGAUCUCUUUCCCGCUGAUUAUAAUUGUCUGGGCGACAGCGAGAAUCGUCCAGUCAAGUGGAUGUCGCUCGAAGCGCUGCAGCAUAAGCAAUUCUCCGAAGCAAGUGACUCCUGGGCCUUUGGUGUGCUCAUGUGGGAACUGUGCACCUCGGCCAAGCAGCCUUAUGCCGAGGUGGAUCCCUUCGAAAUGGAGCAUUAUCUAAAGGAUGGCUAUCGCCUGGCGCAGCCCUUCAAUUGUCCCGAUGAGCUUUUUACCAUCAUGGCCUAUUGCUGGGCUCUGCUGCCCGUGGAGCGUCCCACAUUUGCCCAGCUGCAGUCUUGCCUCUCCGAUUUCUAUGUACAGAUAACGCGCUAUGUCUAGGCCAAGCCAAGCGCACAAAGUGCUUCCACGAAUUCCUUCACUACACUAAACUUAUCCUAGCUAGCUAAAGUAUGCUUAGUCCUUAUACAUUUAUUAUAUUGCCAAAACUGAAACGACAACAACGAAGAUGGAAAAAUAGAGUCUCAGCUGUAUAUAGUUUAUAGUUUUUAGUUUAACACUCGAAGACUCUAGUGCACACACACACACACACACACACUUACAUAUGCAGAGAUAUGCGACUUAUAGAGAUUAUAUAAUGACUUUUUUUUUACAUGCAUCAUUUUUUAUACAUCACAAUAGCGAAUGAACCUUGGAAACGAAAUCAAAUAUAGUGAUAUUUAUCAAUAGAGUUAUUAGAAUUAUACACCAAUACGCAUAAGCAUAAGUACUUAUAAAUAAAGAUCACCAACAUAUUUAUACAAUUUAAACAUAUG